AUAUUUUAUUUUUUAAGUAAUUUUUUUAAUUUUAAUAAUUUUAAAGUUCCCCCCCACACACACAUACACACAGGGGGGACUUGUCUGUGUUCCUCCUCCAGGUAUUAUUCAGGAUUUGUCCUUGAAUUAAGUACCUUUCUGACAUUGUAGGCAAGUGGACAGUGAUGCAAACAAUGGCCCCUUAAACUGCUGUAAAAUUAGUUAAAAGCAUAGGGUACUUUGGAACAAUCGUGUUAAAGAGGGCUGUUCUGUGAGCAACAGAAGGUAAGUAAAACCUUUAGACAUGUCCAGUCCAGCGUGCUGAUUAGAAGGAUACUCUUUAAUUGGACUACACAACUUUAGUCUUUUAAUUUUAUGUAUCUGUGAAGGUACUCAUAGCAUAUUUUAAGGUAAUGGAUAUUACUUUUAAUGUAUAAUAUUUGAUCGUGGAAAUGUGAGAUUUACAAAAAUAGCCAUGGCAUUUGGCACGUAGGACUUCAGUCUCCUUUUACUGUUCCUUUUAUGACAGAACCUAAAACACGAAUGUGGCUUAUGAAGACUUUUAGCCAGCUUUGUUAUAUAUGUUUAUUUAUUGAUCAUCUUAUAGACUAACUGAAGAAAAACAUAAAUGUUAAUAUUUUUGCCCUUCUAGCCUGAUGAGGUCCACAGCAGUUGGUUUCUGACUAGCUAAUGAAAAGUUGGGUUACUAUCAUUCUAAGUAGUCUAGGAAGUCAAAUGAGUAACUCAGACAAGUGUUUUGCUUUAUUUUAGGCCCAGGUAAACCUGUUCCAAAUUAUUCAACCAUUGCUGAAUUUCCUGAGCGCACGUAAUUGAGAGAACUUUUUCAAUCAUGGACAAACAAAUUGCGCAAACGAAUGCUCCUCACCAAGGGACAAACUUCCCAGCUGCAUAUCCUCAAUAUCCUCCAGCAGCAUUCCAAGGACCUUCAGGACAUACUGGCUACCCUGACUCACAGCCUGCCUAUCCUGGGAUGCUGACAGGCUAUCCUGGCCCCCAGGGUGCCUAUCCUGGAAUUCAGGCAGGCUAUCCUGGCCCCCAGGGUGCCUACUCAGUCCCACCACCUGGCUAUUCAGGUGCUGGUCCAGUCGGCUUCCCUGUCCAACACCAGCCAGUGCAUAAUCAGCCAGGUGGACCUGCAGGGGUACCAUGGAUGCCAGCACCACCUCCUCCAUCAGGCUGCCCACCAGGGUUGGAAUAUUUAAGUCAGAUAGAUCAGAUGCUGGUUCAUCAGCAAGUUGAACUUCUUGAAGUCUUAACAGGUUUUGAAACAAAUAACAAAUAUGAGAUUAAGAACAGCCUUGGACAGAGAAUUUACUUUGCUGUGGAAGAUACUGAUUGCUGUACCCGAAAUUGCUGUGGAGCGGAUAGGCCUUUUACCAUGAGGAUUCUUGAUCUGAUGGGCCGAGAGGUCAUAACUCUGCAGAGACCACUGAGAUGUUCCAGCUGUUGCUGCCCCUGCUGCCUUCAGGAGAUAGAAAUCCAUGCUCCUCCUGGCGUACCAGUGGGUUAUGUUAUUCAGAAUUGGCACCCGUGCUUGCCCAAACUUACAAUCCAGAACGAGAGGAGGGAAGACACACUCAAAAUCAUUGGUCCGUGUCUUGUGUGCAGCUGUUGUGCAGAUGUUGAUUUUGAGAUUAAAUCCCUUGAUGAAGAAAAUGUGGUUGGCAAGAUUUCCAAGCAGUGGACUGGUUUUGUGAGAGAGGCAUUUACAGAUUACAGUGAUUUUGACAUUCAGUUCCCUGUAGACCUUGAUGUGAAAAUGAAAGCUGUGAUGCUUGGCGCCUGUUUCCUCAUUGACUUCAUGUUUUUUGAAAGAACUGGAGGCCAAGAUCAGAGAGCAGGAGUGUGGUAGUGGAUUAAUAAAGGUCUCAGAAACUCUGAAGUCUGUAUAUUGACUGAGACUAUGUACAAGCAAAAUUCAGUGGGUUUUCUUUUCUUUAGUGAAAUGACAUAACAUGUAUGACUUAUACUGUGAUGCCUGAUGCUCCGGAUCUAUGAUUUCAAUUUUCAAAUUAUAGUUUAUUUUCUGUAUCACUUACUUAUAAAUGUUUUUAUACAUUUUCUUUCAUUUUAUACAUUUUGUACUUCAGAGAAAGAACAUAGGGACUUUUACAUUUAAACAUGAAACUUCCUUUGAUAAAUUGCUUUAUUUUCAACUUUAUAACAAAAUUAAUUAAAAUUAUUUAAUACAAAAUUAUUUUAUUUAGCUACAAUUACAUAUGUAGCAACUUAUUUUGCAAAAUAUUGUAUAUUCAAAAUAGUUACAAAUGAACAUAACUUCAGUUUCCUUUACAAUUAUGUUCAAAUAAUACUCAAUAUUCACAUUAUCAAGGAAAAGUAAAAUAUGUAUUUGUAUUUAUUCAGCAAUUAUAUCACAUUUAACUUUUAUAUAAGCUAAUCUACUAUAAGAUUUUUAUAUUAACAAGACAAUAAGUUACCAUUUUCUAAUGGAUUUCAGUAAAAAAAACAUGAUUCCAUCCCAAAAAAGGGCACAUUUAAAGAUUCACUCACUCUAAAACUGUAGUGUUAUAAUUUUUGAAGUAAUUAUUUACACAUUGAAUGCUUAGUACUGAAUUCUGUUAUUCACAGAACAUGUUAUGAGAUCAUUCAGGUAUUAAAUAAAACAUAAGUAUUCUAUCAGAGAAUGAACUUCAAUAAUGUGCUAGUAGGUUAUACCAACAAUCAAGUAACUGAAAUAAAAAAAUAUCAAUAUA